AUGCCCAAGAAAGAUUCAACUGGCAAAAUGCCGUCACGUUGCGAGUGGUUGCGUACCGCUACGCCGGAUACACCUGUUUGUUGGGUUCUGGACUAUCGUCAUGUUAAUUCCCAGACCGAAAUACUCAGGAUUCCGUUGCCGAAUAUUGAAGAUCUAUUCGAUCGUAUGCAUGGUAGUACAAUUUUCACCAAGAUCGACUUAGCAUCGGGUUAUCAUCAAAUGCUUGUUGUGCCAACUGCACGCAUGUACACCGCAUUUCGCACGCAUCGCGAAGUAUAUGAAUGGGUUGUGGCACCGAUGGGGUUGUCCGGAAUGCCUGGUAUUUGGUCGCGAUUGAUGCGUUAUCUUUUCGACAAGUUGUCCUUUGUUGUGGUGUACAUGGACGAUAUUUGCGUGUUUUCCAAGAACGUUGAUGAACAUAGUCGCCACGUCGCCGCUGUGUGUGAAGCAUUACGCCGCGAGAAAUUGUACGCACGCCCGGCAAAAUGCUCAUUUGCUGUCGCUUCGGUGGACUCUUUGGGUCAUACAGUAUUUCGUUUUGGACUCCAAGUGGACAAGAAGAAAGUCGGAGCAAUUGAAAAGUGGCCAGAGCCAAAGACUCGCAAGGAUUUAUUGAGCUUUUUAGGCUUAGCAGGCCACGCAUGCGAAGUACGCUGUGCUCGUUACAACUUACCAGAUCGCCAUAAUGCCCAAGUUGCUGCAUUACAAGAACUCGAAUAG